CUCAAAUAUGGGAUGCUGGGAAUCAUGGCCUGGAGGAUAGGAUGCGGGAAAUCAUCAGGACAUGUGGAAUUGUUGUCUUGAGUAUAUGAUUCUGGAAAUCAUGGCCUUGUGUACAGGAAUCUUGAGGAAUGUUGGAUAGGAUGUUGGGAAUCAUGACCUUAAGAAGAGGAUACUGGAAACCAUGGCCAUGAGAAUAGGACACUGGGAAUUAUUAUGGCCUUGGGGGCAGGAUGUGGGGAGAACAUAGGAGCAACCAGGCAACAGAGGCCCUGACACCUUUUAAUAGGAACUGAAGGCCGACUUUCUAAAACAUAAUCAUAAACAUGAAAAAAUAGAAGUCUGUUAUCCCAAUGGCUUGGUACAAAGGAAUGCAUUGUGUGGCCGCAGAAUCAGAUUGUUAGCUCAGCAGCCCAGACACAGACUACACCAAGCACUGAUAUGUUGCUGUUAUUUCCGGCACUGAGGGGUUAGCCCGGCUGUUUGUGCAAUAUACAUUAUGUGCAGAACAGAAGUAUUUACAGAACACUCCAUAUAACUGAGUGGCCUUCUUGCCUAAUACUAAAGUGGGCUCUUUAGAUAAUAAUUUCAGAAGCACUGGGAAAUGGGAGCGGUGGGGGAACAGCAGAAAUAUACAGUAAGUGCCCCUGGCAUGGCAGGGGAUAAAGGAGCUCUAAGGGUAAAUGACGGAGCUGAUAGAACUGUGCGGCAGGCAGAGACCGUGCAGCAGAAGCAGACAGAUUGUAGUGUGUGCACUUCAGGUGUGUAAGCAUUGCCCUCUCAGCCGGCUCAGCCCAGUGCAAGUAUUGGGACACUUCUGGGAAAGCCUUUCUACACCAACAGCCCCCACCCCAAAUCAUUUGUAUAUAUUGCCAACACCUCAGAGACCCUUCUCACUACACAACAGAGAUGGAAGGAACACGCCUGGUCUGGCUCCUCACCCUGAGUGCCGCUGCAGUUCUGUCUGGGAAGGUCCCAGUAAAGGACGACUGCGCCCAGGGCCCAGAGUUCUGGUGUCAGAACCUGAUGACGGCAGCUCAAUGUGGAGCAGUGGAUCACUGCAAGCAAAAUGCCUGGUUAGGAACAGAUGUGCUGUGUGUGCAGUGUAAGCAGAUUGUGAACAUCCUGCUGGACAUGGUGAAGGCAUCCCCCAUCCAGGACACCAUUAAGAAUUUCUUACACAAGCAGUGUUCCCACCUUCCCGUGGUUCCUCUCAUUGCUCAGUGCAACCUGCUGGUGGAUCAAUAUGAAACUAUGAUGGUCACUGUCUUGGAAAAACAAGUGAACCCUGAAGCUCUCUGUUCCUCCCUGAGACUUUGCAGCUCUGACCAAGCUGAAUUCUGGAAUAGUGAGCUGCUACAGGAAAAAUUAUUCCCUUUAAUUCAGGAGCAUCUGUACAACGCACAUGUAAAAGCAACACAGGGGGAGAGUGAAGGCGCAGAUUUGCCAAUCCCAAAGCCCAUGUGCUGGAUGUGCAAGUCCUUUAUGAGCCAAUUAGAGGCAGUCAUCCCAAAGACGGUCAUUGCCAAAGCAGCCACCAAACUGUGCCUGAUCCUUCCAGCCUCAAUAGCAGGUGUCUGCCAGUGUUUGGUGGAGAAAUACACAAUUAUUUUACUAGAUAUAGUACUGGAGAAGCUGGGACCACAGCUGCUGUGCAAACUGCUGUUCAUGUGUGCCACAGAUGAGAACUGUGAGGCAGGUUUAACAGUGAUACCAGUUCUGGAUGCUGAUUUUACCUGUGACACGUGCCUGGCCGUUACCUCUGCAAUCAAACCCACCAUAAGGCAGAACAUGACCCAGGCAGAGGUAGAGGCCGCAGUUCUGAAAGCCCACGGAGAGCCUGGCAUGGCAUGGAAAGAGAUCCAGACUUUCCUUAAGAACCAUCACACAGAACUGUCCCUCCUCCUGCACAAGCAGUGGGACCACAGGAUGACGUGCCAGGCAUUGGGGGCUUGCCCAGCUCCUGCUAAUGCAGCCCCACAGCAUUCUGGGUGCGCUGUGGGACAGUCUUAUUGGUGUCGAAACCUGGAAACAGCUAAAGAGUGUGGGGCCAUCAGUCACUGUCUGACCCACGUGUGGCACUAAAGUUUUCUUCUGAUCUUCUUUUCCUCAGUCCCCACCCCCUGUCUUUUAGCUAUCAAGCUUCUUUUUACAUCAAUAAAUAUGUUAUGAAUCAAA